AUGCCCGCCGUCGUUAAAGCCAGCCUGCUUGCUUUGGCAUUCCUGAGCAGCAUCGCAAGCAUUCGCAGCCAAAAGCAGCCGUCGCUCGAAAUAGCACUCAGCCCAGACGCACCCGUCAACGGUGUGAGUACAGCGCGCUCCGGCUGGGUCUUCCUCCUCUACGCCCGCGUCGACGGCUCCACGGGUCCCCAAGUCGUCGAAUGGAACUCGACCAACCGCACCAGCCCGAUCCCGAACGCAGAAUGGAACUCCUACAUCCAAGGCAAAGACCCCGCGACACACCUGAUCCGCACGAACAGUCGGCUCGUCGGCCCCGAUGGCGCCCUGUGGCUGGUCGACGUCGGGAGCCCUAGUUUCGGCGCGCCCGUCAUCUUGCCGGAUGGGCCCAAGCUGGUGCAGGUUAAUCUAACCACGAUGGAGGUCCAGAGGACAUAUUUCCUGGGGAACGCCACAAGGACGAAUAGCUUGUUGGAUGAUGUCAGGUUCAACCCGUUGAGUGGAACGGCAUACCUCACGGAUGCAGGUUCGCCUGGGCUGAUUGUCCUGGAUCUGGCGACGGGGUUUGCGGUGCGUGUUCUCGACGACCACCUCUCCACGCGGCGCGACUUCCCCGUCUCUUCGGAAGGGACGCUCGUGCACGGCCCAGACGGUGGUUUUCUGUACGUCUACGCCGACCACCACGAAGUGUCGCCUUCGGGCCAAUACUACUACUUCCAGCCGGCGAACGGGGGCUUCCCACGGAUAGAGACGCGGUAUCUCGACGCGGCACUCUACAACUCGUCCCUCAACAGCAACGCCAUGCUCGGGGGAUACGUCGAACCGUUCGCGCUGACGCCAUCGACGGGCGGGACGGCGAUCGGCGUGCGCGGGAACAUCUACUGCUAG